GAGUCCAAUAUGGUCGGUGAGUAAACUAUGCCAUCCGUGGAACCGACAACAAAGGCGAAAAGCUACCUAAAUCAAGCUUGAUCUGGGCUCUCAUAGUCGCAACCGGAGCCGGCUUUACAACCACCAGUUCCCUGCUUUCCUGGCUCAUAUAUGGUCUUGUCACGUACCCGGGGGAUGCAAGAGAAGCUACUCCAAGAACUGAUCGAUAACGACAUUGAUGAGAAUACCGAAAUCACAGCAGAUGUCAUCGACCGACUCAGUUUUCUCGAUAAGUAUAUCAAGGAGACCCAGCGUCGCCACAACCCAAGUUUCCAACCGGGACGAACCGCCAAGGUUGACCUUGUGCUUCCGGGGGGUACAAGAUCCCUAAGGACUCAAUUGUUAUCCCGGCGCUACACCACAUCCACAACAGCCCUAAUCUGUGGGAUAAUCCUCAUCAGUUCAACCCUGACCGCUGGGACACCGAGGAGGUCAAGGGCAGACACAAGGCAGUGUAUAUCCCAUUCGCUACGGGCCCGCGUAUGUACAUUGGGUUCAAUUCUGCCCUACAGGAGAUCAAGGUUUUCAUUCCGAAGUUGAUCUAUCGGUAUAAAUUUACUCGGGAGGUCGAUGGACCGAUCGAGUAUGAUCCCAUGUUCCAGUUGAUUCGGCCUAACAACCUCUAUGUUCGGGCGGAGAAGAGGGUGAAGUGGCCACCGAAACGGAAACCUUGGGAACGGACAAUGCUUGAGAGCAUUGCAACAUACACGAUAGAUGUGUAAGUAGCAGACGCGUAGUCAUUUCAAGGACAAGUGAGAACUUAGGACUUAGGUAGCAGUACUUGUUCCGAGAGAAGAGAUGUAACUAUAAGA